CAGGCACUAGCAAACAGAAAAUGCCAAGUUAUUUUGCUUCGUGUAAGUGGUACUAUUUCGUUUUCGCAUUUAACAAGUUUUUUUUAGGAAGACAGACGCAAAAGCGUCUUAAUUCAUAUUAAUAAAUGUAUGGGACUGUGUAGUCCCUAUAAUAUCGUACAACAAUCAAUAUCUAAACUUAGGGUCGCAUUCAUCGAAUGGAUGUGUGUGACGUGUGUCAAAAGGAAAAAGGUGACCUUUUCUAGCAAGGAAAUCAGCAACAUAAUUGCAUUCCCUGAAAACAUGGGAGAUUCUAACUUCCCAUUCAAAAUUCAGAAGCCUAUUAAUGUCUUGAGCAAGUAGACCAUGACGAUGGUUACUGUCAUUGCUAUUCUUGAUUAUGGUUAUGGCCGUGGAAGAGUCCAGGUUAAGCAGCACCUUCCUGAACCCAGACUGCCAAGCGAAAGACAAACCUUCAACAACUCCUUUUAAUUUCGCAUUAGUGAUCGUGCAAGAACCAAGGUUGCAGACGAAGGAGUUCAAACAUCUCCCCAGGUGAUCACGAAUGAUUCCCCCCGCCACCGCCUGUCCAGAAUCCGUCAAAACUUAUCCAUCGGUUUGAACCUGGACCCAUCCUUCCGGAGGCGGCUUCCACGCCACGUCCCUGGUGAUUCUCUCUUGAUUAGCGCCAGGGGAGCUUCUCUUUUCACUAACAUAGGCUUGGCUAACAAAUUGAUAUAGUAGUAGAACAUCGAAAUGAAUGAAUAAGGAGUGCCCCAACUUAUGCUGGUAUUUACCUCUUGUGUUAUUUGUUGAAAAAAAUCCAAUAUCUCAAAACAAGAUUAAACUCAUCAACUUCAAUAAACUAUUUGAGUGUCUUAAACCCCCCAAAAAAAAAAACUAUAUGAGUGUCUUGCCAUCAAACUCCUCACCAAUUCUUCAACAAAAAUAGAGAGUCUAUCCGAAAUUUAUACAUUGAUUAGAUAAAAUGUACAACAAUUACAAUUGAAGAAAAUACAAUUUAUUCGUCAGCUUUUAAUUAUGUAGGGUUUAAGUUUUCAAUCUUGAUUAGAAUGAUAAUACAGAACAUUGAGAAUAUCCAAAUUAUCAAUGGAAUUACAAUUGUAUGAUACAAUGAUAUAUUCCAAUCCCAUAAAAACUCUUCCUGUUGUCUUUUUUUUUUUACCCUGGCCUGUGGCCUAAUUAUCCUCGAUGAAUCUUAAAAGAGUAACCGGGAUCGUAUUCGUAUCCCUCGGUGUCUGCAGGCAUAAAACUCGGGUAUAAUACUGACGAACAACAGAAUCCUUCCUUGUUUCCGCGCUGUACAAAUUUCCCGCCUCGCAGUAAUCGCCGGCCAAACUCCAACAAAAGGUUCCCUCCCUCGUCGUCUUUCCUCAUCCCCACCACCAUUUUUAAUCCAUACAAACAAUUAUUCUAGUCUUUCGUUUUUCUAGCUCUCUCCUUGCAAUAUACCCUGCCGCUUCCAGCUCGCAUUCCUCUGUUCCUCGGCCCAAAAAUUUCCAGCUCUAAUGGCGUUCCUUCCUUCUUUUACCCCAUCGAUUCUCCCCUCUGUCUUACUUCCCCCGCCGUAAAGCUGUUCAACCAGCGCUCUUUCGAUCUGGGUUUCCCAUCAAUUAUUGUAUCCGAUGGAGGUAAAGUUCUGGGGUCAAACCUUCCGUCACCCCUGAAUUUUCUUGAUGUUAACAAUGGCGGCAAUCUACUCUGUUCCACUCUGUUUUCCUCUUUAAUCGAUUCCCGAUAAAUAGCAUACCUCCGACGAACUGUACUCUUCUUCGUUUAUCUAAUCCAGACAAUGGUCGUUGAUUCAUGGCUGGGGAACUUCAUACGGCACUCGAGGAAAGCUGUGCCGCCGGAGGCCGACCGAGCGAUCAUCGGAGUUUUAGCGUUCGAGGUGUCGAAGCUGAUGUCAAAAGUAGUGAACCUAUGGCGGUUUCUCGGCGACGGCGAGACACGGACUCUCCGGGACGACGUCGCCGGCACGAUCGGCGUUCGGAUGCUGGUCUCCGGCGACGGGGAUUACCUGAUGGAAUUGGCUCUUAACGAGAUCCUCGACAACUUCGCCGAGGUCGCCGUCUCGGUGGCGGAAUUGGGGAAGAAAUGCGCCGACCCGAGGUUCAGCCGGUUCGACACGUUUGUGAGCGACCCGAUUCGGAACCACCUGGAGUGGUUCGGGUGGGAGUACCGGCCGAAGAAGAUGGAGAGGAAGGUGAAGAAGAUGGAGAGGUUCGCCGGAGUGAUGGUGGUUCUGGCACAGGAGCUCGACGUUCUGGCGGAGCUGGAGCGGUCUCGCCGGAGAAUGCUCGGGAACCCGAAAACCGACCCGAUCAAGCUGCUGGAAUCGCAGCAGAGGGUGCUCUGGCACCGAACGGAGAUCCGAAACUUUCGAGCAAUCUCCCCGUGGAUCCGAUCUUACGACUACGUCGUCCGACUGCUCGUCAGAUCUCUCCUCACGAUUCUCGAGAGGAUCAAAACCGUCUGCCAGAUUAACAGGAUCGCCUUCCGCCGGAAAUCAAGGAAUCCGGCAGGCGGUCCUGCUUUGACUCGGAGCCAGUCAAUGUCGUCGAUCAUGAAGCAUUACUAUGCUGUACAUCCUUCGCCGGGUGUCGGCAGCCCAACCCGGAAAAAGUUCAGGUACAGACCCGAACAGGGGAAAAUCGGCCAUUUGGAACCCUCGCUGCCGCCAUCCCCUCCACGUGGCUGCCGCCAUCGCCGGUCGAGAACACGGUUGAGCGACGUUGGUGGGUUGAAUGGAUGUAUGCACAACAAUCGAGACAGGAACCAAAUCGGAAGCUCCCUCCGCCACGUGUCCAAUUCUCCGGUGGUGGCAGGGGAAAAUGAAGAGCCAGAGCAGCAGGCGUCGUGUUCUUCCUCGACGGUUGUAGCUGAGGCGAUCUACUCCAAAUUAGCCUUUUUGGGAUCCAAGAGGGGACAACUGAUCAACCCGGCGCCAACCACUUUAGGUGACACCGGGUUGUACCUACACUACGCGAACUUAAUCACCGUGAUCGAGAAAAUGGUGUCAGCGCCUCAUGAGAUCGAAUCCACGUCACGAGACGAGCUCUACGGAAUGCUUCCCGGGAGCCUGCGCAGCGUGCUGAGAAAGCGGUUGCGAGAUCACGCUACGUGUCGAGUAUCCUCUGUAGGGUAUGAUGCGACAGUUGCCGCAGCAUGGAGGCAGACGGUGGCGCGAGUGCUGGAGUGGCUGUUGCCGCUGGCGCACAACAUGCUGAGGUGGCAGGCGGUGAGGAACUUCGAGCGCGAGCAUCACGAGGAGGCGGAUUCGAAAACACAUGUCUUGUUGGUCCAGACGCUGUAUUUUGCUGACAGAGCGAAGACGGAGGCGGCGAUCGUCGAGCUGAUUGUCGGGUUGGAUUACUUAUAUAGAAUCAGCAAGAGACUCGAGGAGAUGCGUCUUGACCGGAGAUGAUUGACUUGUAGUGUGAAAUUGUUAGCCUUGUAAUAUAGAAGAAAUUUGCUUAUACAUUUUCCAUUGUUAAAAGUAACGCAAUGAUACAAAAAUAAUCUUCAUAUUCAAUUGAUCAUAUAUAUAUAUAUAUCAUUGUCUAAUAAGGAUUGAUCGAUCAUUACCGUCUCACAAGUUUAUAUACAUAAAAUAUUGGAUGUCCAUUGUAGUCCUGCAAUUUGGAUCACUUGGGUCACUUUCUAGUUCUAGUUAGGAGACGAAUAUGUGACUACCAACCACAAAGGCUAAGGCGCUAGGCUCGGCCGCCGUGCCAUUUUGGGAAUCUUUCUCCCACUCAGUUUGACCGACUGAGUUACGAUGGUGUGGGCCAGCGGCCACGUUUUACAUUAUGCGAGAGAACGGUCCAAAAGGAGCCCAACUAGCCGCCACAUACGGGCCCUGUUUGUGUGGGCUAUACCUAUAUUGGCCCAUAGAAAAAUAAAAAUUGCUAGUUGUAUGCGACCAGACCGAGACCGAGAUCGAGAUCGUGACUGAGUGGUUAUGUUGUUGGUUGUCAGUCUUAAUCCAGUAAUCCACAGGUUCGAAUUCACACUUGUAUCCAUCAUUCCUCCACGUACCCUCUAGUAGCACUUUGUAUCAGGUUUCUGUAAAAAAACUGCUAGUUGUACAGAUCUACAAGUUGAGAAGUGAAAUUUUAGGAAUUAUAAAGAAGGAAUUGGGGGAGGGGGUGUCCAGAACCAGCUGAUAAUAAUUAUCCGGCACAUAAUUAAUUAAAAUUUACUAUAUUGCAAAAUCAGUGUUGGAUAGUACUGACCAAACAUACAUUAUUAUUAGCUCGAUCGGUACGAUACGAACUUUAAGUUGCACGUAACGUACUAUACGUAGAACAAAACAAUGAAUACUUA